AUGGCCGCCAACGAUAGCCUGCCCUUGUUUGUGGCGCAGGAAACGCUCUGCACCUAUCCCAUCAGCACCGUGUACAACAGUUGUCCCCGAUACCUGUACUAUGCCCUGCUGUUCGUCUCCUGCGCGACGCGAUGGCGGGGAUGGCUAGCGGACGUCUUUCUAGGGACUGCAGCGACUUAUGCUGGAACGGCAGCCAUUCAGGCAUUCAUCUUGGUGGCGAGUCGUCAUCGGAUCCCCGGCGCAACGACGGUCUCAGUCCCCCGUGUGCCGAAUAAUACGGAUCUAACCGAUGAUUUUCCAUCCAUAGUAACGGACGAGACACAGAUACCCUUGCGCCCGUUCGCCCAGGAUCUAGAUGGCGACGCGGUCCUGGCCAUCGUGGUUACAGGGUAUCUGGUCUUCCUGCCUAUGCAGUGUUGGUCUCGCAGUCUGCAGUACAAGCGCUCCAAGUACGCAGUGAUCUUCCUGUGGAAUCUGAUGAUGUUGGCGGGCACCAUCUGCGCUCUGGUCUACUGGCCAGUCUUAGAGAGAACGCCAACGCAGUACAUGUUCUGCAAUCCAUUGUUUCCGCCGGCCGACAAGAUCUCCAGCGAUGGAUGGCAGCCCAAGCUAUGGACGUCGACGUGGAACGACACCGUCUGGGGCCUCUUCGGGAACGAUUCACGUCUGCAGGAGCUGGAGAGUGUCUGCUUUUACCCGUGCUUUAACACCAGCCAAAUUCUGCGACAAGCGACCUCUCUCGAGGCCAGCGUGGCUGUGGAUGGGCUCAGUGACACGUCGCAGCGCGGUCUCUGGAGUAAAGUCAUUUAUUCGAAAAGCUAUAUCUAUGCAUUGAUCGCCAUCUCGGUGGGCCUCAACUUUGCUCUCAUGACGUUCCAAGUUCUCGCCUACCCGUCGCGGAUUCCCUCGCUUCACGCGUCCGUCAUCUGGACGGAGCGUAAAUCCAUAUAUUCUGGUAUUAAGGAAGACCUUCGACAAUCGCUGAUCGAAGUCCGACGAGUGCUGUCACGGUCGGGCACCCGAUCUCGUCUUGCCAAAAUCCGACACGUCUGGCGACUAUUCAGCCCGCAGUUUCUACGACAUUGGAUUUUCCCAGUCAUCGAUGUCGUCUACCUGAUCGCUUUCGGGUUGAGCGUCGUGGCCAGCCCUUUCACAGCAAUCGCAUUUGUCGUCUGGAUCGAAUGGUACAUUCGCAACGACGGACCACCGCAAGAAAACGUCCAGCAGGUUGGCCAAUGGUCCCCUCUCGUGGCUCUGGGGCUCGUUCUGAUCUCGGCGGGAAUCCUACGCUUACGAUACCAGCUGGCCUCGAUGGAUGAAUUGGACCAUGAGAUUAUCAAGACGCGAUCGAAGCUGGACAAGCUGGAGGGCUUGAAACGGGCGCAGUCGGCCAAACAUCCACGGCCUCAGGAUGGUGCAGUAUAG